GUGAAUUAUAUAAUGAGUGCUGGCUUAGUGGUGGCAAUAUUCAUGAGCUUCAAAAAAAAAGCAUACACAUCACCAACCAAUCUUCCUGCACUUAUAAUAUUGCUAUUGUUAUACGGAUGGGCCAUAAUUCCUAUGAUGUACCCUGCCUCCUGCUAUUUUAGCGUCCCCAGCACUGCCUAUGUUUUCUUGUCUUGCGUUAAUCUCUUCAUUGGUAUUAACACUAGUGCUAUUACAUUUAUUCUGGACCUCUUUGAAAAUAAUGCGCCUCUCCUAGAAUUCAACAAAAUGUUAAAAAAAGCAUUUUUGAUCUUUCCUCAUUUCUGCUUGGGUCAUGGACUCCUCGACUUAGCCAUAAACCAAGCUGUGAUUGAUGUCUAUGCACGUUUUGGUAACAUAUUGACCCAAAUCUGGGAUGUUCAUCAAAACAUGGGCUAUUGCCCACAAUUUGAUGCUAUUGAUGAACUACUAACAGGAAGAGAACAUUUGUUUCUCUAUGCCCGUCUGCGUGGUGUCCCAGAAGCUGAAAUUCAGAGGGUGGCAGAAUGGGGAAUUCAGAAACUUGGACUGUCACAAAAUGCAGAUCAGUUGGCAGGAACAUACAGUGGCGGCACCAAACGGAAACUUUCCACUGCUAUUGCAUUGAUAGGCUGCCCUCCCUUAGUCCUGCUAGACGAACCAACUACAGGAAUGGACCCCCAGUCCCGACGCUUGUUAUGGAACUCAAUUUUCAGUGUGAUCAGAGAUGGAAGAGCUGUGGUUCUUACCUCCCACAGCAUGGAAGAAUGUGAGGCGCUCUGUACACGCAUAGCUAUCAUGGCUAAAGGCACCUUCAAAUGUCUGGGCACCAUCCAGGAUCUCAAAUACAAAUAUGGAGAUGGCUACAUCGUUACCAUGAAAAUCAAGGCACCUAAACUUGGAUUACUCCCAGAUCUCAGCCAAGCAGAACAAUUCAUGUGCCAGAACUUUCCAAGAGGGAUACAGAGAGAAAAGCACUAUAACAUGCUGCAGUACCAAAUAUGUACCUACUCACUGGCCAAGAUCUUUAGAUUGAUUCUCUCCAACAAAGAGAACCUAAAUAUUGAAGAAUACUCUAUCUCACAAACUACCCUAGAUCAGGUUUUUGUAAAUUUUGCUAAACAGCAGAUGGAGGAUGAGGAGAUUCCUCUACACCCUCGUGCAGCUGGAGCUAAUAGAGAGAUGAAAGUGACUCCUGUUGUCUAUCGGCAUAUAAGCAAAUAA